GUAUUUUUUGCUAACGAAGUAAUUUAAUCACAUGAUUCACAACUCAAGGUGAAUGAUAAGUCUCCCUCCUCUCUUGCCCUUAACCAUCCCAGGGUUGUCAUCUGGCUCUGUGUAUCCCUCCGGUUAUAGUUUAUGCACGCGAUCGUAGCAUCGUGAAGUGUUUGGGAUUCAUAGCCCUCAAGAUUGACCUGGUCUGAGUUCAUAAUGUCAAAGUUAAAAAGCUCAGAGUCUGUCAGGGUGGUGGUUCGCUGUCGGCCUAUGAAUAGCAAGGAAAAGGCUGCUUCGUAUGACAAGGUGGUGGAUGUGGACGUGAAGUUGGGGCAGGUGUCUGUGAAGAACCCCAAGGGAGUAGCCCAUGAGAUGCCUAAGACCUUCACCUUUGACGCCGUGUAUGACUGGAAUGCCAAGCAGUUUGAACUCUAUGAUGAGACAUUCCGACCACUUGUGGACUCCGUCCUGCAGGGUUUCAAUGGGACGAUUUUUGCUUAUGGACAAACUGGGACUGGGAAAACUUACACAAUGGAAGGAGUCCGGGGUGACCCAGAAAAAAGAGGGGUUAUCCCUAACUCGUUUGACCACAUUUUUACCCACAUUUCUCGAUCCCAGAAUCAACAAUACCUGGUCAGGGCUUCUUACUUAGAGAUCUACCAGGAGGAGAUCCGAGAUCUGCUCUCAAAGGAUCAGACCAAAAGGCUUGAGCUCAAAGAGAGGCCUGACACUGGGGUGUAUGUGAAAGACCUGUCUUCUUUUGUCACUAAGAGCGUGAAGGAGAUCGAACACGUGAUGAAUGUAGGGAACCAGAACCGUUCUGUGGGUGCUACCAACAUGAAUGAGCACAGUUCACGUUCUCACGCAAUUUUUGUUAUCACCAUUGAGUGUAGUGAAGUAGGCCUUGAUGGUGAAAAUCAUAUCCGUGUAGGGAAAUUGAACCUUGUAGAUCUUGCUGGCAGCGAACGGCAAGCCAAGACUGGUGCACAAGGCGAGAGAUUGAAGGAGGCAACCAAGAUCAACCUCUCGCUUUCGGCCUUGGGUAAUGUCAUCUCUGCCCUGGUAGACGGCAAAAGCACUCACAUUCCAUAUCGGGACUCAAAGCUUACCAGGCUCCUCCAAGAUUCUCUUGGUGGCAAUGCUAAAACUGUCAUGGUAGCCAAUGUGGGGCCUGCCUCUUACAAUGUAGAAGAGACUCUGACUACUCUGAGAUAUGCCAACCGUGCCAAAAACAUUAAGAACAAGCCUAGGGUUAAUGAGGACCCUAAAGAUGCCCUCCUGCGAGAAUUCCAGGAAGAGAUUGCUCGGCUCAAGGCCCAGCUGGAAAAAAGAUCCAUUGGCAGGAGGAAGAAGCGAGAGAAGCGGAGGGAAGGUGGUGGCAGUGGUGGGGUUGGGGAAGAGGAGGAGGAGGAGGGAGAAGAGGGUGAGGAGGAAGGGGAUGAUAAGGAUGAUUACUGGCGGGAACAGCAAGAAAAAUUGGAGAUUGAGAAGCGGGCCAUUGUAGAAGAUCACAGCUUGGUUGCAGAGGAGAAGAUGAGGCUGCUGAAGGAGAAGGAGAAAAAGAUGGAGGACCUACGGCGGGAGAAGGAUGCAGCCGAGAUGCUGGGUGCCAAAAUCAAGGCCAUGGAGAGUAAGCUGCUUGUUGGAGGAAAAAAUAUAGUAGAUCAUACAAAUGAACAGCAGAAAAUCCUGGAGCAGAAACGUCAGGAAAUCGCAGAGCAGAAACGUCGAGAAAGAGAAAUCCAGCAACAGAUGGAAAGUCGAGAUGAGGAGACCUUGGAACUUAAAGAGACCUACAGCUCAUUGCAGCAAGAGGUGGACAUCAAGACCAAAAAACUCAAAAAGCUCUUCUCCAAGCUUCAGGCAGUGAAGGCAGAGAUCCAUGACCUCCAAGAAGAGCACAUCAAGGAGCGGCAGGAGCUAGAGCAGACUCAGAAUGAGCUCACCAGGGAACUGAAACUCAAGCAUCUUAUUAUAGAAAACUUUAUCCCUCUGGAAGAAAAAAGUAAAAUUAUGAAUAGAUCCUUCUUUGAUGAAGAGGAAGAUCACUGGAAAUUACAUCCUCUAACCAGACUCGAGAAUCAGCAGAUGAUGAAGCGACCAGUCUCAGCUGUGGGAUACAAGAGACCAUUGAGCCAACAUGCAAGAAUGUCCAUGAUGAUUCGUCCAGAGGCCCGAUAUAGGGCAGAAAACAUCGUGCUAUUAGAGCUGGAUAUGCCCAGCCGGACUACCAGAGACUAUGAAGGCCCCGCCAUCGCCCCCAAAGUGCAGGCCGCCCUGGAUGCAGCACUGCAGGAUGAAGAUGAGAUACAGGUGGACGCGUCAUCCUUUGAAAGCACUGUAAAUAAGAAAGCGAAGGCCAGGCCUAAAAGUGGAAGGAAGUCAGGAUCCUCCUCCUCUUCCUCAGGAACCUCUACAUCUCAGCUUUAUCCACAGUCUCGAGGGCUGGUUCCAAAGUAAAGCCAGUUCCACCUCUCCCAGGGUAUAAACAGCAUUGGCCUUCUGAGAGAAGAGACGAACAAAGAGAUCUGCAGAGAGGACUUGAGCCCAACUCAGAACCAUUUCCCUGGGGAGACACGAUGGCCUCUUUGCAAAUUAACCGACUUAAUCUGGUUGAAAUGUGCUGGUCCUAAUCUGGCACACAGCUCCUCUGGGAAACGCCUUUUAAGUAGCAUCUCAGAAAUGCAUGAGUAAGGUAACGUGGGACACUCAAAGUGGAAAGCAAGAGAAUGACCAGUGACCUUGCUUCCCUUCCCCCUGCCUUUUCUCCACCCUCCUCCUUUGCCUGCCCUCCCUUUCCUUCUCCUUUUCGAGCCUGUUUUUGACAUUGGCCUCCUUUCUUGUUAAACAGUAAGGCAGAAUCAGGAGUCACCUUAGGAGGACCAAGCCUUUGAGGCUUACGGUACAGUGACAGUGAGGUUGAAAAGUGAAAGUCCUAGACCUUGAGUAGGUGCCUGUUCUUGGUAGACAUGCACCUGAUGCGCACGAUCUUCUGUCUUGCACCCAUGCCCUUCAAUAAGAAGUGGAUCUGCCUUUGGGAUCUGCUGAAUGAGGAAAUCUUCUCUAAGGAAGCUAUCGGUUUCUGCUCCUGAAAGAUACAGAUAUUUCAGAAGCAAUCGAUAUAGCAUUCCCUUUUCUUCCUUGGAGAAUUUAGGGAAAUAGCUUCUUUAAAACCUCAAAACCAUGACCAUCUUGUCAAAGACCUAAAUCUGUAAGCUGGUGCCACGUCUACACACCAUGUUACUUACUUUUCAUUUGUCACCAGCUUUUUCCAUGUGUACUCUGAGAGUCCCUGCCCGGCCCAUCCUCUGCCUCAAGGGCAUGCUCUGCGGAGAGCUUGUUUUGUGGGAGAAGGGAGGCAGGCUCUGCCUUCUCCAGUGGGACAGGAGUGAGGGAGUAAGACCUACAGAGGCACUUUUGAAUUUCCCAUUUUACUCCCUAUUUGCAUUGAGAACAUAAGGGUCUAGGCAGAUGCAGAGACAGAGCCAUGAGGCUCAGUGCAGGGGGAAGGGAAGACAACAGAUGGAAGCAAAGGAAUCCUGCCUGCCUUCAGCAGAAGUCUCGCUGGAUGCCAGAACCAUGGCUCCCCCUGGGCAGAGUCCAGGGUGGUGGGCAGAGUAGUGGCUGUGCAGUUGAAUAGGCUCACAGGGGAGAGUUAGGACUUCCCAUUUCCAUAUACUAGUUUGGUUGUUAAGUUUUAGUUCUUUGUAUUAUUGGAAGUUAAAGCUUCAUUUUUUUGUUGGUCAUUAGGUGAAUGUUACUCAUUUCCUUACCCUCCCCCAAGAGGAGCUCUUAAAUGUGUGGGUGUGCAAGCACAGUGGUGCCUGUGUGCUUUGAGUGUGUCCGUGUGUAUGAGAGAGAGAGACACCAAGAACUUGCCCAGUUUUAGAAGUACACUAGCGUGCAGUUGUUGCCUUUGUUUGUAUCAGAGGCACAUCGAAUGACUGAUCCAGGUAGGAAGCUCUCCCACAUGGGUGUCUGAGUCCACGAGCCAAGCCUGAGGGGACAAUGUGAGUCCCCAGGUCUGCCCCACUGUGCACCUUGCUGGCACGGUGCCUCAGGAAGGUGGCGACUCAGGUGGGCCUUGAGUUACCCUGUAACUCAGCUGCUCAGUUCCCAGGGCACAUUUCUGGAUCAGAACCCCUGGGAAAGAGGAGGUACCAAGUGCAAUGUCUUAGCGGAGACCUGUCAUGCGGCAGCUUCUCUCCUUUGUAGUAACCAUUAUUUCUGAACCCAGGAUCCUUUUAAGCAAUUCCCAGAGCAUAAUGGAGCCUUCCCUCAUCUUUCUUGGUAUCAAACCUGUUUCUUUCUUAUUUACUGAGAAUUUACCUGUUUGAAUAGGAACCAGAUAAUAAAGUGGGUAGCCUAAGAUGGUUAUCUGCCAGCUACACCUGUCUGUUGCACCACAUUUCCUCAAAGAUAGUCUGAAUUCUGUAGAAAAUAUUCAAGUAGCAAAUCUGUUGUCUGCAGAUAACACCAGACCUCAACACUGACUUUUUGAGGUGGCUUUUCUGAUCAAGGGUGGUUGAGUGACCUUAGAACUGUUGUAUGAGAGCAAAAGAAGGUGGUCCAAGUGGACAGGCAGGGUUAAGAAAACAAGCUUGCCUUAUACUCAGCUGUAUUCAUCUGCUCUGUGAAACAAAGUGGACCACCACCUGUGCGCAGGUGAAGCUGUCCCCUCCCAAGCAGUCUCUGGUGCUUUUCUUCUCUCAAAAUGGAUCCGAUAAAUAUUUGAAUAGAGAGACAUAGUACAUCUUGCUGCUCCCAGCAAGCUGCUGCUUUGGGCUCUGAACCCAGCCAAGUGUGUAGAGAACUUACCACGCCCACUAAGGAACCAGGUUUUCAUGUUUGUAGUCAUGCUAGAAUGUCCCAGGCUAUCUGAGGGCCUUCAUGCUAGCAGCAGCUAGUAAAGUCUGGAAGCAAAUCUAACAGGAUCUAAGAAGACGGUCUGGGAGAAAGAGUUGGAGAUUGUGGGUGCAACCCUCAUCAGGGCCCUUUAUACUCUGAUCAGCAGGAAUGUAUCUGGCUUCAUAUUUAAAUCCACAUUUCUCCCAGACCCCUGGAUUCAGAACCCAAGGCCACAAAUGAUAGGCAUGAAGCACUUUUUUAGGACUGACUGACCUACAUUGGAUUGUUCUCCGUCGAAUGCCUGCAUGCUGCUUGAA